AUGGCGCUGUCGCCGGCCGCCGCCAGAGGAGCGGCGGUGCGGCCGGCCCUGCGCAGCCGCCUCCUCUGGCUGCCGGUGCGCACGCUCAGCCAGUCGGCAGCCGCCUGCAAGUCGGCCAGCGCCGCUGGCGGCGACGGCGGCGGCAAGAAGAAAGACCAGCUCCGCUGCCCAAAGUGCGGCGACCCGUGCACGCACGUGGAGACCUUCGUCUCGUCGACGCGGUUCGUCAAGUGUGAGAACUGCCACCACUUCUUCGUCGUGCUGUCGGACGUGGACUCGAAGCGGACGAUGAAAGAAAACGAGUUGGGCCACCGCCAGUCGCUGCAGAGAAAACCGCCGCCGCCGCCCAAGAAGAUCUACGAGUACUUGGAGCUACAGGUGAUCGGUCAGCAGGCUGCCAAGAAGGUGCUGUCCGUGGCCGUGUAUAACCACUACAAGCGCAUCUACCACAACAUGCCAGCGACGGGCGGAGGCGGCGGCGGCGGAGGAGGAGGCGGAGGCGGAAGUGGAGGCGGCCAGGGGCCGACGGCCGGCGGCGACCAGAGCUCACACACCUUCACCCACAGAGACCUACUGCACAUCACCGGCCUGCGCAGAAACCACGGCCUCGGCGUCACGUUCCACCAGCCGGACGCGGCGGGCGGCGCCGGCAAGCCGGCCAGUCCGCCGGAGCCGCCGCCCGGCGCCGCGCACAGCAGCGACAUCCUGGACGCGAAGACGCACCGCAUGCAGCUCGACAAGUCCAACAUCCUGCUGCUGGGGCCCACCGGCGUCGGGAAGACGCUGCUGGCUCAGACGAUUGCCAAGUGUCUGGACGUGCCCUUCGCCAUCUGCGACUGCACCACCCUCACUCAGGCGGGCUACGUGGGCGAGGACAUCGAGUCGGUCAUAGCCAAACUACUGCAGGACGCCAACUACCAGGUGGAUCGCGCCCAGCAAGGGAUCGUGUUUCUGGACGAGGUGGACAAGAUCGGCGCCGUGCCGGGCAUCCACCAGCUGCGAGACGUGGGCGGCGAGGGCGUCCAGCAGGCCAUGCUGAAGAUGCUGGAGGGGACGGUGGUGAACGUGCCGGAGAAGAAUUCCCCGCGGAAGCUGCGUGGUGAGUCCAUCCAGGUGGACACCACCAACAUUCUAUUCGUGGCGUCGGGCGCCUUCAACGGACUCGACCGCGUCAUCAGCAGGAGGAAAAACGAGAAGUACCUGGGCUUCGGCGUGCCGGCGUCCGUGUCGCCGGGGCGGCGGGCAGCCUCGCAAGCCGACCAGGCCAACCAGUCGGAGCCGUCGGCCGUUGAGGAGGACAACGUGGAGCGUGACGCCCUGCUCACCGCCGUCGAGGCCAGAGAUCUCAUCGAGUUCGGCAUGAUCCCGGAGUUCUGCGGUCGGUUCCCGGUCAUCGUGCCGUUCCACUCGCUCUCAACAGACAUGCUGGUGCGCAUCCUCACCGAGCCGCAGAACGCGCUCAUACCGCAGUAUCAGAUGCUCUUCGGCAUGGACAAGGUGGAUCUGACGUUCAGCGCGGGGGCGCUGCAGUCGAUCGCCUCCAUGGCCAUGGAGCGACGCACGGGCGCCCGUGGCCUCCGCGCUAUUGUGGAAAAGCUGCUGCUGGACGCCAUGUUCGAGAUCCCCGGCUCGGACAUUGUAUCGGUGCACAUUACCGAGGAGAUGGUGCGCGGCGUCGGCCAGGCCAUCCUGGAGCGGGCCGCGCCGCCUGACGACGACGACGAGGUGGCGCAGGCGCGCGCCGAGCUCAAGCGCUCGGUCAACCUCCGGCGGCCGGUGGUGCCGAACUCUGAGGUGUCCUCUGCUGCCGUCCGGAUCCGCCGUCGAGGCGGGCCGCACCUGGCCAUGCAGGUCGGUGGAGAGCGUCCAGUGCUGCCGCUUCGAACACCCAUCGACGACACCAAGCUCCUGAAGAAGGUGUUUUUGCUCGGAUGA